AAUCUCCGCUCAGCCAAUGGGGAGGCCCGUCUUAAUCCCGGCUCGGUAAAACCUCGGCGCGACUGUAAUCUGGAAAGAGAGUGAGCGCAGACGCAGAGAGGGGCAGAGAGGAGCCAGGAGUUUAUAACCGGACUUGAACGAUAUUAAACCCGACUUUACUUUAACUUCUUUGCACGUUGGAGAUUUUUAAGAUUCGUCCCAGAAGAGGGGACAGACAGACGUCUAGACUCGACCCACGCUCCUUCUCAGACGGGGAUCCGCUGCUCGCUCUCCACCCGAACCUCUCUCUGGACGUCCCGCGGAGUCCGGUCGUCAUGUCCUCCGGUGAUGCCUCGGAGCAGAGUCGGCGGCUCAGCGUGCUGUCUUGGGAUCAGGUACAGCGCUUGGACUCCAUCCUGGGGGAGAGCGUCCCGAUCCACGGCCGCGGCAACUUUCCCACGCUGUCCGUGCAGCCCCGGCAGAUAGUCCAGGUGGUCAGGGCUCGACUGGAGGAGCACGGAGUAGUGGUCCGUGACGUGAAGCUCAACGGCUCCGCGGCCAGCCACGUGCUGCACCAGGACAACGGCCUCGGCUACAAGGACCUGGACCUGAUCUUUGGCCUUGACUUGACCGGCGAUAAAACCUUCCGGCUGGUGAAGGACGUGGUGCUGGACUGCCUGGUGGAGUUUCUGCCUGACGGCGUGAGCAGGGAGCGCAUCGCGGCCCUCGCCCUCAAGGAGGCGUACGUGCAGAAGCUGGUCAAGGUGUGCAACGACACGGACCGCUGGAGCCUCAUCUCGCUGUCCAACAACACCGGCAAGAACGUGGAGCUGAAGUUCGUGGACUCCUUGAGGCGGCAGUUCGAGUUCAGCGUCGACUCCUUCCAGAUCUCGCUGGACUCGCUGCUGCUGUUCGACCGCUGCUCGGAGACGGCCAUGUCGGAGACCUUCCACCCCACCGUGCAGGGGGAGAGCAUGUACGGGGACUUCGAGGAGGCCCUGGGCCACCUCCGCUCCAAGGUCAUCGCCACUCGGAGCCCCGAGGAGAUCCGGGGCGGCGGGCUGCUCAAGUACUGCCACCUGCUGGUGCGCGGCUUCCGCCCGUCCUCCGAGUCGCAGAUGAAGCAGAUGCAGCGCUACAUGUGCUCGCGCUUCUUCAUCGACUUCCCCGACAUCGGCGAGCAGCAGCGCAAGCUGGAGGCCUACCUGCAGAACCACUUCGCCGGCAUGGAGCACAAGCGCUACGAGUACCUGGUGACGCUGAGGCGGGUGGUGGACGAGAGCACCGUGUGCCUGAUGGGCCACGAGCGGCGCCAGACGCUGGCGCUGAUCUCGGCGCUGGCGCUGCGCGUGAUGGCCGAGCAGAACGCUAUCCCCGCCCUGGCCAACAUCACCUGCUACUACCAGCCGGCGCCCUACGUCAGGGACGUCAACUUCAGCAACUACUAUGUGGCGCAGGUUCAGUCGCCCAUGCACACGUGCAGCUCCUAUCAGACGUGGCUGCCCUGCAGCUGAGCAGGAGUUGGGCUUUUGGUUCCAACUACAUUGACGUGAGCCGAGAAUUUAUUGACGCCAUGUGGCUUUCUGGUUUGAGGCCCAAUGUGGACAAGAGGCCAUCAAUUUGUUUUCCUUUUGCCAAAUCUUACAAAAACCAUUCCACUAAGUUAUAUUGAUUAACACUGCUGUAAAAAACACUCAUUUGAGCCAUUAUUAUUGUUUUUAUUAUUAUUAUUAUUAUUGCUAUACCCUUAAAUUCUGUUGUUUCAUAACCAGUCUUGACAUAUAUGGGUAAAUAUGAAGGGUUGAUAUGUGACGGAGGGACGUUGUGAGUUUCGUUUCUUGUCUGACUAGCUCCAGCUUUUUUGCGUCGGGUCUUUCAUGAAAUGUAAAUACGUGGUACAAAACCAGGAAGCUAUUCAUUUCGUUCUGACUGUGGUUUCAGCUGACCUGACUGGGACAAAGGACCAAAGACAUACCUUCUUGUGUAGCAUGACCAACAGAGACUCUAUGUGAUUACAAGUGCCUGAUGAUGAUAAAUGUCUUUGUAUUAGUAGCUCAUGUGUACGUAAGAGUUUUGAAUCCAGGUUACUGUACUUUUCUAUAUCCAGGGUCAGGGUAUUUGUUUUUAAACCAUUAAAAAAUGUCAAAAAUAUAA